AUGCCAACACAACUUGAGGCCGGCGCUACUUUCUUCACGCUACUACUUGACAACGGAGAGGUCUUCACAUGGGGUGACCCUCGUUACCCUCAGUGUCUUGGGCGUACGGUUGACGAUGAUGCACCAGCCACCACUCCUACGCGCGUUCCGUAUAUCGAGGGAAUUCGCAUUAAGAAAAUUGGCUCUGGAGGCUGGAUGAGUGGCGCGCUUGGAUCUGAAUUGGAUGGAGGGGAGCUGUAUAUCUGGGGCCGAUCAGAGCCAGGAUUCGAGAGCAAGAUUUCAGCACUCAGUAAAGAAGAUGAUGAUACACACGUCCAUGUCGUCGAGGUUCGCAUUGAUGGAAUGGAGGCGGACGUGGUCAACUUUGGCAUCGGUGCAGGCCAUCUGAUCGUUGCCGCAAGUAGCGACACAAACAAUUCAGAAGUUCGGAGAGCUGUUCUUGCAUGCGGCCAAGGCGAUUUCGGCCAACUGGGUAUUGGUAAGAGAGCGGACUUCGUUGAGAAACUGACGGAGAUACCUUGUCUUCGUGGGUCGGUGGUUUGCAAUGUUGCAUGCGGAAGCAAAACUUCUUUUGUGGUAGUAAAGAAGCAGGAAGCUACAAGCGAGCUGCACGACGAAGGACGGAGACUGGAUGGGGCUUAG